AUGUCCGAUCAUACUACGAUAGAUCCAUACAAGGUCCUGGGGAUCAGUAAGGAUGCAACCAUUGGCGAAAUCAAAAGCGCCCAUAGAAAACUGGUGUUGAGGUGUCACCCAGACAAAAUCAAAGAUGAAGAACAGCGGAAAGAGGCCGUGCCCGAGUUCCAGAGAGUGCAGUCGGCUUAUGAGCUACUGUCGGAUGAGAAAAAACGAGCUGAUUAUGACCUUAAAGUUGAGCUGAAGAAGAAACCAAGAUACCAUAGUGAGGACGCAGGCUCGUCUUCAUACUAUCGACCUUCAACAUUCACAAAGUCUUACGAAUCGCGGAAUGGAGUUAUCUAUGAGGAGCGUGUCCCUAGAAGCAGUCGCUUCUUUGAUGAAGAUAUUCCUCUUCAUGAGGAGCCUCGACCCACUUCCAGGAAGAAUAACGGGUACGAGAAGAAGCAUAGUACAGAGGGAAAGGAAAAGAAGAAGUCCAGACAUGUCGACCCUCCAGUGUCGGUCCGUUCAAGUAAGGAGCGUGUACGCGAAGCCCGUGAGUCUGUGAAAUCGAGUCGCUCGGACCGCGAAAAACAUAGAGACAAAGAGCGGAGAAAGGACCGUGAGCGAUCAGAUAAAUACCCGAAGGCCUUCGUGGUGAGCGAGCCCGACGGUGAAAGUGAUUUAGAUUCGGAUCAUCACUAUUACACCCCAAGAACACCGGAACCUGAAUAUGAAGACCCUCGAACACGAGUCAAGCCAAGUUCGAGUGAAUCUAAACCAAAGCAGACUAAGGUCGAGGAAUACUCCGAUGAAUGGUCUUCGUCGAAACUAGAUGAUGCCAAAAAAUACACCGUCGUUGAUGAAAGCGAGGACUAUGUAUCUCACCGAGCCGUCCGUAUCGACCCAAGCGCUGGUUUCUACACUCGAAACAAGAGCGUUUCCCCUACCCGCGUUCCACAGAUGCCGAGAUCCAGAACCUUCAACUACCCGAUCGACCCUGUGUCCAUGCCCAUUCGUCACGACUCGUCUAGGUCCAUACCUACAUUGCGCACCACUCCGCCCACGCCAAGCGGACUGGGCCGGGAGGGGCUGUUCGGCGAAGUCUUCCCUGGCGAAUACGACCAUCCCAAGAUAGUCAUCCCCGAGGGCAACAUUCGAUAUUCCCCUAGAAUCCGUGAAGAGGAUAUCAGCUACAGUUAUAGUCCGAGGAAGGGACCUGUGGACCCUAAUGAGAAUCGAGAAACAUAUCCGCGACCCUAUGGCUCGCGAAAGGAGUCAGUUACGUGCUGA